AUGGAAUCUUUUAAGUUCUUCUCAUCUUUCUUGAUUCUCUUCUCUUCAUGGGUUUUCUUGGGGUUCUCUCAAGGCACUGGAGGAGGAACAAGUGGUGGUGAUCCUACAGCUUGCCUUACUAAGCUCAUCCCUUGCCAAGAUUCUUUGAAGGUUUCAUCGGCGCCGCCACCGACGUGUUGUAUUCCAUUGAAGGCAAUGGUUACUGAUGAUCCAAAAUGCCUUUGUGGUCUCUAUAACGACCCAGAGAUGCUAAAGAAUUUAAACAUUACACAGGCAGAUCUUUUGAAGCUUCCAAAAGGAUGUGCCAUCAAAGUUGACAUGACUGUGUGUGAAAAAGUAGCACCAGCCAGUUCACCUACUGCUUCACCAUCAGAUUCUACUGGUACUAAGGGGAAUUCUACUGGUGGGAAUUCUACUGGCAGUCCAACAUCAAAAAGCUCAGCAGAUGGGAUCUAUCCUUUCAGUGGACUUGGUUUCAUUGUUACAUUUGUAGUUUUAAUCUUGUCAGCAUUCUAG